ACACAAUCCCUUCCCCAAAAGUUCUCAAACUCAAACUUGACACGCACGCUCAUCCCAACGACGAGUACCUUUCCGGCUGUCUCGUCUGUCGUCGCGCUCCGAAGCGGCGGCAAGGCGUCUUCCUCCGUCACCACGACGAAAUCGCCUCGGAUCUACAAUUGCAGCGUCUGCGGCAAGAGUUUAUCCUUGCACCAGGCUCUCGGCGGCCACAAAGCAAGCCACGGCAACAAGCCGGCGACGGUCGGGGCGGCGGAGAAGAAACCGUCGAAUUCGACGUCCACCGCCACCACCGCCGACGAUGAUUCAAUCGCUGGUCCCCACAGGCUUCACAACUGCUCCAAGUGCGGAAGGAGCUUCCCCAGCGGCCAACCUCUGGGCGGCCACAUGCGGAAGCAUUACGGUGGCGUUAUCGGCGGAUCUAAAAGCGGCGUGAACUCUUCUGACGGUGGUAACGGUGAUGGAUUCAACGUUGUCACGUCCUUCUCCGGCGGUGGCGGGACCAGCUCCUCCUACGGUAACGGCGACUGUGACGUCACGCGCAAUUGGGAAUUGAAUUGGAUAUCCGAAGAAGGACUUGAUUUAACGCUUAGGUUGUAGAGUUCCCUUUUUAGGGAUUUUUGGCCCCCUGACAAUUUAAUCUCUUUGUAGCAGUGUAGAGAUUGAUAUGUUGUUUAUAAUUAAAUAUGUAGUGACGGAUUAAUGACGGAUCA